AUGAAUUUCUCAUCAAGUACGGUGAACAAUGAAACAGACUCCUGCGUUUUAUUAUCCAAUUUUGGAUCGUACAUUGUGUAUAUUUCGGUAAUCAUCAGUUUUCUGACAAUCUGUGAAUGUUUAGUUGUGAUUUCCGUGACAUGUUUGACCAAAAAUGUGCACGGAAACACGAAUGUUUAUGUUGUAUCUUUGGCUGUGAAUGAUUUAUUGUUAGCAAUAGCAUUUAUUGGCAAUAAUGUGUUUCUUUUGCCAUUUCAUUUACCGUUGUUCGUGAAUUCAAAGAUGCUUUUAUGUUUGAUUUCUGGGUUAUCGUCAGGAACUACAAACAUGUCUGUGGUACAUCUCGGAGUUAUAGCAGUAGAUCGAUACAUUCAAAUUACCUAUCCGUUUUACUACAUGAAGGCAAUGACUAAGAUGCGUGCCUAUCUAGUCGUGCUUUGCUUGUGGUUAAGUUGUCUCAUAUUUAUCAUCAUCCCUCCCAUAGUCUUCUACGAUGAUAAGUAUCACAGACGGUGUAUUCUAAUACACCAACCAUUUGCAUAUUUAAUUAUUCAAAUAUCUUCGUACUUUUCAAGUAUCACUUUAGUUUUUAUCUGUUACCUUAAAAUCGCUCACGUAGCUUUCAGACACAAGCGAUCAACCAUCUCUCGCAGAUUUAACUCUGACGUUUCGCAAACUGAUACCUCAGGUACAGAAAAUAUAAAGGCGGCUUUAAGAAGUGUGAAGUUUUUCUUGCUAAUGUUUGGUAUCUUGUUCAUUUGUACAUUUCCUCCGUACGUCGCCACUAUUUUUGGUUUGACGUACGAUAUCUCAGAUAACUUUUUUACCGGCUUCUUCACCCUGGUACCUAUCCAUUCAGUCAUCAAUUUUCUCAUCUACUCCUACAUGAACAAAGACUUUUCUGCUUCGCUUGUGAAAAUAUUUAAAGAAAUCAAGAGACGUUGUCAAGACAACAGAUAUGUGUAA